GGAUCAGUUCUCGAAUAGUUCGUUAAAGCAGUAGCUCUCAAAUUAGUACGAGGCUUGGUUACGAGAAUGAUGCGACACUUCACGGUACCAUUCCCUCAAUGCAUUAUUAUAAAAUCGAAUUGCUGAUAGUAACGAGAAUAAUAUUGUUCCAACUGCCUAGCCGUUGUACCUCUAGAGCCAGCUUUAGUUUAAACAUACAGUGGCAAGAAAACUAGAUCAGCUUCACUAUUGCUCGAACCUCAAUCGUGAUACAUCACUAGAUAGAGCGACGCGUGACGUAAUAAGACGUCUUAGAUGGUAUUGGCUUUAUACGAGCUAAGGCUUCUCGGGUUAGAUUAUUUUUAUGAGAUAGUUCCGUAUUAAAAAUGGGAACGAGGCGUACAUACGAUUUCACGAACACGUUUUGUCCGUACAAUCGUCUAUACGCACGCUAAGUUAUCUCUAGAGCUUCAAAAGCUGAUGACACUUCAUCAUUUACUCGAACCGUCGUGCAAUUACGUUAUUGGCAAGGCAUGAAUCAACAACAAAGCGAAUAAUUGCCUGUGUUCCUAAAAUUGACGCUCUACAAAGCGGCCGAUAAGCGCUCGUUACGCGUAACGACGAUGUCUUCCGAUUUUGACGCACAACUCGAUGAUCCGGUUAUAUUUCUGCGAAAAGAUGCUGCCACGACGCUCGUGGGCUUCUUCUUUGUCACCGUCAUGUUUUUCCUUGUAUUCUAUGUUAUCGUCGUCUGGGAUCGAGGAACGGUUUCCGCCUACAACUACAAUGCGUGGUCGUACGAUGGGAAAAGAGGAAAGGGCCCAAAUCAUUGGAAUCGCAUCAUCGAAGAAAAAUUUGACCCUCCAAAUCAUUGUGGGGGGAAGAACCAGUCACCGAUUUGGAUCAAUACAACGAAUCUGCCAGAGCGCCAGUGUCCAGAUAAACUACGUUGCAAGCGUCCACUAUCACUACGUCUGAUCAACUACAAUGAUCCGGUAGAUUCAGGAAUCAUCCGCGUUAAUCACGAACAGCUGAUUAUAGCAAACAUGACGGGAAAUCGUUUUGUGCUCGACCCAAACGGUAUUGUCUACAAACUUCAAGAGAUCUACUUUCGGUUUGGAAAAGAUACAAUGGAAACGGAGCACUCCCUGGACAACGAACUCUUUGCAUUAGAGGUUCAAUUUGUUCAUUAUCGGCUCAAAGAUCCGCUCAGUACGACGGCGAGUAUAGUUGUGCUUGCUGCAUUUUUCCAGGAACUAUCUCUUAGCCACAAAGUGACGUUCUCUGUUGAUCGUCUCUGCCCAUCACCGACUGGGAAUCUUCUUCUAUGGGGCGCCAAUGGCGCCGUCGUCGUAGCACUUCCUCACCAUGAUAACUUCAGAAACGCCACAGGGGAUGCCCCACUACAAUGCAAGAGUUGGGGUAUAGGAGAAUUAUUGCUAAUGCAGACAGCAGGCCUCGAGGUGUUAGGCCUCCAGUGGGUUCCGGACUCUGCCAGUGAAGUAGUGAUGCUAACGAGUGACAAUUGCCUUCGGCUAUUUGAUAUCUCGAAAAAGCACAUGAAUGCAUUAACAACGGUACAAGUCAUCCGACGGUCGCUAUCGUUGUCACGAAUGAACUUUAGCAUUGCGUCGGCUACAGGCUCUCAGUUAGUGGACUUUGCAUUUGGCAGAUCUGCACAAGAAAUAUUUUGUCUGAGCGCUUCGGGAUCGAUUUAUCAUGUCACCGGACUGGAAUCGACAGCAAACAGUAAGCCUCGAGUAUCGAAAAGACCUUUAGUAAUGUUGCCUGAAGCCGAGGAUAAUUUCGGCUCGGAUGGGUUUGCUCUUCUAUCACUCAACUGCAAUCCGGCUGACUCCACAAUUCUAAUUUUGGGAGGCACAGGCGGAGUCCUGUACCAUUGUCUUGUUCUUCCCACAGAAAGCCCCGAUGUGGAACCUGAAAUAUACAUUUUUGAACAGCUAAGGUUGAACUUGACAUACUCCGAAAUGACGGAUCCGAACGAUGUCAUCCGCUGUCCAAUUCUUUUGCAACGGGAUCCCGCUCUGUCCAAUCGUUACUUCGCCCACCACGAUUCCGGUGUACAUGUUGUAAUCAUUCCAUUCACUGAGCGCCUAUUCACAUUUGCCCAGCAGGGAGACACGGAUACCUCAACGAACGUACUUGAAGUUAGAAACUGUAUAAACAGCGCCAGCCCCAAUUCGUUAGCGGAACAGGUUGUUUGCACACGGACGACUGAAGCAUCUGCGCCAGAUGCACCUCUGGGACUAUGCGUUCUGCCCGCCUUGCCGUCACCGUGGUUAGCUAUACUUACAUCAGGUCUCAAGGUCGUCAAUAUUCCACUAAGCAGGUAUCGAUUCGAGAAAUCAUUAAAGAAUAUUUUGUUAACUGAAGAACCUCUUUCGGAAAGCGCGAAGAGUGGAAUACCACCGACAGACUUCGAAAGAGAAAUUAAAAUGAUUCUCACAGGGUCACGGGUACCGGUGCUAGUUCAAGCGGACAAGGUAACCAGUCCUAAAGAAUUACUUGAAUUAGCUCUCCAGACAACGCAGCGAUUUCGGGAACAACAUUUUGCUCAAUUAAUAGCUGUAAAAAAGCUUAUCGAGGACACGAGUCAAUCGUUGCGUGAAACAAAGGACUUGCAAUCUGGGGAGCUGAGACAGUUGGAACAAGACUUGAAUGACGUUACCGUUCAGAACCAGAAACUAAAUCAAAAACUUAGCGCAUGCGAAGAACAGAAACGCAAGCUUAUGCUAAGAUUGCAUGACGUCAUACAGAUGGUACAACGUAAAAAUCCAUCCGCAGCCAACCCGCAAAUGGUGAAAGAAGUUCAGUCCCUCUACGAAAGAAUGAAUCGACUUGAAAGCGUUCUCGAGUCGACCAAAGAGCGUAGAAAGAACUGUGAAGAUCUUGAGCAGUUCGAGCGUAUACUCAAACAGGAGUCAAUGAGUGCCCGGGAUGCUUUUGCAGCUUUGGGUGAAAGUCAACGGGUCGCGUUGGAAAGUAGACUUAAAAUCAAUGGACACGAAAUUGGCAAGAUGGUCCGUGAAGUCAAGGAGCUUCUCGCCGACGUUGAAUAAUAACGAUGUAACCAAAAAAAGAAGACAAAAAAGUAACACCAACUCUUGCUUAAAAGUGAUUGCUCCUACCAGUUGAUUAUUGUGCAAAGCUAUACGCUAGUAGAGCCAUCCUGUACGAGUUUGAUGAUACUCCUUCAAAGAACACGACACUCAGAUACCGAAGAGGACAAACCAUUAAAUUAUGUAAAAUUUAUAGUAAGCCACUCAGGGCAACAGUAACCCUCUAUUGUUAUCUGUCCUAUAGGAGCGACUUCUCAGUGAAGGGAUAGAAGUGAAAUAAACUCUAUAAACUGAACAAAAGA